AUGGCCAAGACAUUCAUCAUCACCGGCGCGAGCAAAGGCAUCGGACUCGCCGUGACCAAACGCCUGCUCUCCCAAUCACACAACGUGGUACUUGCCGCACGCUCAGCCGACUUGCUUGAGAAAAUCAAGGCGCAGUCACCCAAGCAAGUCGAAUAUGUCGCUGGUGACAUGACCGACGAGACUAUCCCAGGGAAACUGGUCACUCUGGCCGUUGAGAAAUUUGGCGGCGUGAACGGCGUGGUGAUCAAUCACGGUGUGCUAAACCCCAAGAAAAUGGUGGACUCGUCACUGGAAGACCUCAAGCGCGUGUAUAACGUCAAUGUAUUCAGCAACUUCACCAUGGCCAAGGCUGCACUCGCAGAGCUACGAAAGUCCAAGGGCUGCCUGAUCUGGGUCUCGAGCGGCGCGUCCACCAAGGCCUACGAGGGUUGGGGCGCCUACGGGUCAUCGAAGUCCUCGGUUAACGCACUCUCCGCGCACAUUGCUGUAGAAGAGCCGGACAUUACGUCCCUGGCACUGGCGCCGGGGCGCGUUGACACCGACAUGCAGGCAGCACUACGAUCCGAGGGUAAGGACACCAUGGGCAAGGCCGUGUACGACGAUUUCGUCGAUGCAUACAACACGGGCACCCUGCUCAAGCCCGAGCAGCCUGGGAAUGUGAUUGCGGCAUUUGUGGCCAACCCGGACAACAACCUGAGUGGCAAGCUGGUAAAAUGGAAUGGCGAGGAGAUGGGUGCCUUUCAGCAGUAG